AUGGGGAAAACCUACAUAUUGGUAGUCCCGAACCAAUCUCAGAUCAGCAACGGCGCAACGCUUCCACGUUCACCGCCUGAUUAUCUCAAGAUGCCAUCACAAGUGGAUAUUACAAAACACAUGGCAACUAAUGGAAAUCUUUCAAUGGAAGACAGUGAACACGUGAGAUUGGUUAUAUCAAAUGAAAGGACAACAGAAGCCGAUAUCUUGCAACUUCAAACUGAAAAUAGAGACACACGAAUCAAAUGGUGGAUCAAAGCUAUCACUUUGUCCAUUAUUGCUAUUAUUUUAUCACUUGUUUUCUUGAAAUGGGGUGUGCCAUUUCUUUUUGAGAAGGUUCUUUUACCGAUGUUGCAAUGGGAGGCGACUGCCUUUGGUCGCCCUGUGCUUGCAUUGAUUCUUGUAGCUUCUUUGGCAUUUUUCCCGGCUUUGUUGAUUCCUUCUGGGCCUUCCAUGUGGCUUGCGGGGAUGAUAUUUGGUUAUGGAAUUGGAUUUGUGAUAAUCAUGGUUGGAACAACUAUUGGGAUGAUUUUACCUUAUCUUAUUGGUCUACUCUUCCGUGAUCGUAUCCAUCAAUGGUUGAAGAAAUGGCCACAGACAGCUGCCAUGAUUCGAUUGGCUGGAGAAGGAAACGGAUUUCAGCAAUUUAGGGUUGUUGCACUCUUCAGGAUUUCACCAUUUCCUUACACAAUCUUCAACUAUGCAAUUGUAGUCACAAACAUGAGAUUUUGGCCUUAUCUCUCUGGAUCUAUUGCAGGAAUGAUUCCAGAAGCCUUCAUUUAUAUCUAUAGUGGGCGAUUAAUACGGACAUUUGCAGACGUGCAGUACAGAAACCAUACAUUGACUCCAUUAGAAAUUAUAUACAACGCCAUCUCCUUAAUCAUUGCAGUUGCAAUGACUAUUGGUUUUACGAUUUAUGCUAAAAAGGCUCUAAAAGAACUUGAAAUUGAAGAAGAAAAUAAGGAGACAGAUGGUAAUAAUAUAGAGCUUGAAAAAGUUCCACUUGAGAGACAAAAGCAGUUUGGGUUUGGGUUACAUUUGGGUUCAUCAUAGCUUAUAAUUUGUAGGUGAGUCAUAUAGAGGAGUGGUAGUGUGUAAAUUACUGACAUGAUAUGGGGGCUUUCUUGUAAUUAACCAAUUGCGGAUGGAAAAUAAGAACGGAGGAGAAAAAAAAUACUACUAUAUAGUUUUAAGAUCAAGGUAUACACUUCUAUCUGUGUUUGGUAUAUGAUGGAAAUGAAAUUGACUGUUUUUGAAGGAUUGCGUUG